UGAGUAUUUGAAGAAGUAUUCUAUACACGGUUUUUCUCGAGUGAGAGAUGGUGAAAUAUAAAGACAUCCCACAAUUGUUGCUUCUGCAAGUCAGUCGCGUUCCGUGCUGUGUCGAAAGAUGGGUGGAGUGCAGGUUAUGAAGGUGUUGCAUUUUCUGAUUGUGCUAUCAUGCUGGCGCUUGUCCAGCGGGAGAAUUGCAACCGCAAUUGAUCAUGACGUUUCCCCACUAAUGGAGCCUUGUGAAAUCUACGUCACCGGAGGCUUAGGUGAACCACAGCCGUUAAUUCUAAAUCGCGAUGCGACUGAGUUCGUUGAACCGAACAGCAAAACGGGAAUUGUGCGAUUAAAUCCAGGUGACGUAAUUUCUCUCUUCUGCACAAAUGGCUUCGACAGUCCUGCCGCCACGGACAGCCUCUUGACGGCCACUUGCUUGACCGGCAAUCACUUCAUCAUCGGCGGCAACAAGAUGAGCGAAAUGGUCUUUUCGGACAUCGUGUGCAAGAGCUAUCCUUACCACACGGCCAGACUGUCUGGAGACAAGUGUGCUGACGGCGAAGGCGUCGACAUUGAGGUUGGCUUCAUUGUGAAGGAGCUCUUCAUCGAGCUCUACCACAUCUGCCAUGAUGAUAUUCGCGAGAGUACACUUUAUGUGUCCCACUCUAUGCAUCCCGGAGCUGAUGGAUACCAGAGUGGAUUCCCGCGUCCUUCGUGGCUGAGUUCGGACUUCUUCGGUGGAAAGGAUGCCAACGGAAUCUACACGAAUGUCAAUCAGAAUGCAAUGGUGGCUAAAAUUCUGGGAUCACAGGAACUGGCUGACAAGUUUAUUCAGCCCACAAACACCGAAGUUUAUCUCGCGCGUGGACACUUGGCGGCCAAGGUUGACUUUAUCUACGGUUCUCAGCAGCGGGCGACAUUUUGGAUGAUGAAUGUGGCUCCGCAGUGGCAGAAGUUCAAUGCUGGAAACUGGGAACGGGUGGAGAGUAGCGUCCGCAGGAUGGUGUCUCAGAGGAACCUCUACUUGGAACUCUACACUGGCACUCAUGGUGUCCUGACACUGCCCGACGUCAACGGACAACAGCAGGAGAUCUAUCUGCACUUCGAUGAGAACAAUAACGGCCAGAUACCCGUGCCGAAGCUCUACUACCGUGUUAUCUACGACAGGUCCACGGAGAAAGGUAUCGUCUUGAUAGGCGUCAACAAUAUUCACGUCACCUUGGACGAGAUCGAGAGUCAGGGCUACAUCGUGUGCGAGGAUGUGGCAGAUGAAAUUGACUGGAUCAAUUGGGACAGAAGCAAUCUCCUCCUCGGAUAUUCCUACGCUUGCGAAGUGAACGAAUUCAAGCAAGUGGUUGGACACCUUCCAGAUAUUAAAGUGACUGUCCUUAGCCACAGCUAUGGAGUGCGUGGCGAGGAGUUACUGGACUACGAUGCUGAGAUGGAGGCUGUGGAGGAGCCUCCAGUUGAGAAUGAGAAUGAGCGUCCUUCGGUGAACGCUCAGUGUUCGAUUCUCUGGUUCAAUGUUGGUGAUCCUCAGCCUCUGUUCCUUCGUCCCAACACGUCUGAGUUCUUCCUCCCAACGGCGUCUAAUGGCAUCAUGCGUCUCUCGGCUGGCGAGCAGAUUGAGCUCUUCUGCUCAACGCACUUCCCACUCUUCGGCACCAAUGUCCAGACAAUCUUCGCCACUUGCGUGAGUGCCGACACAUUUUCUGUGAAUGGAGCGCACCACCAGAUUUCCAGGCUCACCUGUUCAGGCUACCCUACUCACACGGCCAGGAAUACAGGCAGACAGUGCCAUGGCAGCGGCAGCCGAUUGACUGAGAUUGGAUUCGCAGUGAGAGAGAGAUUCUUUCACCUGUUCGACGUGUGCCACAAUACGGGCACUUCAACGACCUUUUACACUCACUUCUGGCUCAGACCAGGCAAUCAGGGCUUCCAAAGGGGCUUUCCAAGGCCACCCUUCAUCCAGUAUGAUCACUUCCCCUCUGAUCUCAAUGUGAAUCUGAUGUACACGCGCAACAGACAAAGGCAGACCAUUGCUGGAAUUCUGGGCAGCCAGAACUUGGCCGAUGAUCUCAUUCACCCAACCAAUGACUACUUCCUCGCGCGCGGACACAUGGCGGCCAGAGCGGACUUCAUCUUUGGCAACCACCAGAGAGCCUCCUUCUACUUCAUCAACGCCGCGCCACAAUGGCAGACCUUCAAUGGUGGCAACUGGGAGAGGAUUGAGGACGGCGUGCGGCGCUUCGUUGCAGACAGGGGCAUCGAAGUGGAGGUGUACACUGGCGUUUGGGGUGUUCUUCACAUGGCGGACGUCAAUGGCAAUCCGCAACCUCUCUUCCUCGUUCCCGAUGCCACAAAUCCGCGCAUUCCCGUGCCCAAGUUCUACUACAAAGUCGUGUUUGAGCCCAGAACCAGCUCAGCCAUUGUCUUCAUCGGCGUGAACAAUCCCUAUGCGACCCGACAGGAAAUCACAGAUGAAUACAUGCUCUGCAGAGACGUUGGAGACCGCGUGAAUUGGCUGAACUGGGACAGAGAGAGAUUGUCCCUUGGCUUCUCCUAUGCUUGCGAGUGGCAUGACUUUGUCCGUGUGGUGGAUCAUUUGCCAAAUUUGAGCGUGACACGGCUCCUGAUUUAG